UGUUAGCUACGGUCUGAAACUGUGCAGUAGCCUCUUCCGUUUGCCACGCCUGUUUACAAUUGAACUAUUUCCUUUGCCGAUGUAUCUUUGUUACAAGAAGGGACGUGGUGAAACAAAUGUUACCGUAAGGAUGCGUCCAUUGCAACACGUUUAGUUGGAAUACAUUCAUCUAACAGACGCGUGCGCUAAAGAAAUAAGAGGUCGCUUGGACACAUGACGCAUCUCUGGGCCUCUCCCCGUAACCAUGGCACUGGGAGUUGACAGGGCCUUCCCAGCAUCCAUCUCCCCGAUGGAGUCCAAGGGCUGCAGUGGGCGAUGGAAGACCCGGAUUCCAGAGUUUAUCCGGACGGGGACAACCACAACGCAGCAUGACAAAGAUGGGGAGAAGGGGACAGGUGGCAGGGACCGGGGUGGUCCCCGAAAGAGUGUUACCAUGGCACCCACCUCCAGGUAUAUGAGUGACAGGAGGCAGUACUCUAUGAGGAAACCGCUGGUCACCACCACAGAGCAGCAGACCUCCAUCCUAAAGAAAUCCUACCUACAGGAGCACCCAGAAAAGGAGCGACAGGGGGAAGGUAGCAGUAAUGAAGCACACCAUCAUAGCGAGUUUGACUUCCAGACCCGAUGGGCUGAACAGAAGUUCCCAGACAACUUCAACCCCUCUCAGGCCAACAUCUCAACCUGCUCAGCCUCCAGAGAGGACCUUAGCACCUCCCUAGGGGUGUCAGACCUCAGGGCCUGUCUGUCACAUGAAGAACCCACCUUCAGCUCAUCGUACCUUGGCAGCAGGCCUGGCCGACGCAGCCUCUCCAGCCCACCCCUGGAGUUCCGUACUUUCUCUACUCCACUCAACUCCAAGUGGACCUCCACUCUGCUAUCUCCCCUCUCGCCCUCCUACACCCCCCCUUCGCGCCCAUCCAGACAGAGAUGGACAGAGCUGAGAUUGGAAGCAGGUGAAGUUUGUCAAUCACGUGGAAGAGGAAGGGAAAUGUAUCUAAAUGUAGGCCCUUCAGUGGGCAACUCCAACCCUGUGCUCCACACCAUGUCCCCCCACCAGGCCAACUACUGGGCCUGCGCCAUUCCCAGCUCCCUGCCCCCCUCCCCAGACCGACGCUCUUCGAGCUGGGACCCUGAUAAGGAGUACCAAGCCCUCCUGGACUACACCUACCCUCUGAGGCCAGGUAGGGUGGUAGGUGGGUGGGAUACCUCUGAUGCAGGGGGUGGACCUCUAAUCCAGACAGACCCAAACCUCCAGGACUCAGGAAUAGACCUGGACCGCAUCUGCAGCUCCACCAGCCUGUCAGCUUUGGACUUUUCCCUGACUGGCACGGCAGGGGUUGGGACGGCUAGGGAGAGGCGGAUGCCGGGUAUAGCUCAGAGGUCAUCUGAGCUGCGUGGGCUCUCACACCCCAAGUCUUCGGAUGGUCGCCUUUCCAGUAGCCCCUUAUCUUCUGCGGACCCUAUUGGUCUAUCCGUGGAGAGUCUGGACUGUAGUGGAGGUGGUGGUCUGGAUCCUUUGCAUCGUAUCGGGGAAGGUCGCUACUGCCAUCACGGCGUCUCCUCUUCCACCACGUUCAUCCGCACAACCAGUAUCCUUCCCCAGCCAGGGUGCCUCAGAGGGGGGGCUUGGGAUGAGGAGUUCUGGUCUCUUCCGGAGCAGUUAGAGGAGCUCCGGGGUUUGUCCCGGCAGGUCAGGGAGGUGACGGCCCAACUCAGUCAGCCUGUCACAGCCAGCUGGGAGUCCCUGGAGAGGGGGACCACCUCCGUCCAGUCCUCCAUGACCCUGGCUGAGAAACAGGAGGCAGAGGAGGAGAGAAAAGAACAGGAGCAGAAUGAAAAGGAAGAAAGAGAGGGUGAUGAGAAGCAGAAAGAGGUGCCCAUUUCUGAAGCGCUUCAAUACUUUAAUAAAGUCUCUAAAGUGGUCCAUAGUGGGGAAUCCUCCCAAGCAGCCAGAAACUCUGGUUCUAGGAUGGAGGCUGGGGUAGCAGGCAGGGGAGUGAGCAGGGCCAGUCUGAGAGAGGUGGAGGCCAUGGUGGACCAGCUGAGUGGACUAACCCUGCCUGAGUUCCAGAGGGGGAGCCAGGGGGAGCAGGGACACAGGGAGUCCCUCAUGCAGCACAUCCAGACCUUCUGUUCUAACCUGGAGGAGCUCAUCCAAUGGCUGUACACUGUGGUGGAGAGGAUGGAGGUGCUGGCUCCGCCCUCUGUGGACAUCGAGAGUGUCAAGUCUUCCCUGGCGGAUUAUAAGAGGUUUCAGAGAGAAGUAAAUGCCCACCAGCCUCUGACCACCUCUGUUCUGCAGACUGGAGAGCUUCUCCUGGGUUGUAUGACCUCCACUUCUCCCGUUCUGAAGGAGACCCUUGGUCUUAUUGAGAGGCAGUCCAGGGCGUUGGAGACUCACUCAGAGCACCUCUUCUCCUCUAUCCUCUCGGCCAUGGACAGCCUGACCCAGCCCAGGGAGCCCUGCGGGGCAGAGGAGACCGGCGCUGGGGACACCGAUAGCGUGGAGGUCCAGGGGACAGCUUAGUGAAGGCU